CCCCCAGGAACAGUCCCUGGUUCCCCUUGUGGCAGCACGGAGCAUGGUGAAACUAGCUGCAAAGUGCAUCCUGACAGGUGACUCAGCAGUAGGAAAGAGUGCCCUGGCCCAGAUGUUCUGCAAUGAUGGAGCUCAUUUCCAGAAAAACUACACACUGACGACGGGCGUGGAACUGUUGGUGAAGACUAUAUCUGUUCCAGAGACAAGUGAUAGUGUGGAACUCUUCCUUUUUGACUCAGCAGGCAAAGAACUAUUUUCUGAGAUGAUGGAGAAAAUGUGGGAGCAGCCCAAUGUCCUGUGUAUUGUGUAUGAUGUCACCAAUGAACAGUCUUUCAACAACUGUGCCAAGUGGCUGGAGAAGCUGAGGGCACAAACACUUGGAAUGCACCUUCCAGGUGUUUUAGUUGGGAAUAAAACAGACCUGAUUGGUCGACGAGUUGUGGAGCAGAAAUGGGCAAAGGAGUGGGCUGACAUCCAUGGCCUGCAAUACUGUGAGACGUCAGUGAAGGAGAUGGAGAACAUCGAAGCCCCUUUCCACAUACUGGCAAACUCAUUCCACCGAUUGUACAGAGAGAAGGUGGAAACCUUUCAUUCAUUAGUGUGAGGGCCUUGGGUGUGGCAACUUGCUUAGCCCCUGUGGGGUUUCUUUUAGUUCGGAAACACCCUGAUGCCUAGAAUCCUGCAGACUGGAAGAUGGAGAGAAAGUGAGAGAUGAGAUGGGUUUUUUUUUGUCCCCCUUGUGACCAUUUCCUAACCAUUCAGAUUAAACUGGAAAUAAAUAUGGGUAAAGGCAGCCUUUCUGAGGUUGA